GCAGAACAAAAGUUUGUGACUAUAUCUUGGUAUUUGUUUUAUUCCUUUCUCCACAUUUUCUCUGCGGCCUGUGUUCACCAUGUGGCCCUGUGGGUGAGGAGGUAUAUUAUCCUGCUCUUACUGCUAUGUUGGGGGUAAUUGUACACUAAUUACCGUGAAGUUGUAAACCCCUCCUGCUGCCAGCUGAUUGGUCGGACCUCGGUGGACCCCAUCAUGUUGACCCCGCCCCCCCACUGGCGUCCCAGGUAUAAGAUGAUCCAGGUCAACAGCUGACAGUCCAGAACCGUUUGUGACAGGACCCUACAUUCCCCUACACACAGAUCCUGUUUCACAUCUCAGCCCUGAUUCUGUCCCUCCUUCUUCUUCUUUCCUAGUAAAAAAAAAAAAAAGCUCUAUUUGGCCUGAAGACAUUUGCUUCACUGGAUUUUUCUUCUUCUUUGGUGUGUUUGAACUGAACCAUGGAGUUGUCGGAUAUAUCUUUCCCCAUCCCCGCCGCGGAUGAUUUCUAUGAUGACCCCUGCUUCAACACCAGCGACAUGCACUUCUUCGAGGACCUGGACCCGCGGCUGGUCCAUGUGGGCCUGCUGAAGCCGGAUGACUCCUCCUCUUCGUCCUCAUCCUCCCCAUCCUCCUCAUCUUCCUCCUCCCCGUCCUCCCUCCUGCAUCUCCACCACCACGCCGACGUAGAGGACGACGAGCAUGUCCGCGCCCCCAGCGGGCACCACCAGGCGGGCCGCUGCCUGCUCUGGGCCUGCAAGGCCUGCAAGCGGAAGACCACCAACGCGGACAGGCGGAAGGCGGCCACGCUUCGGGAGCGCCGGCGGCUCAGCAAGGUCAACGACGCGUUCGAGACCCUGAAGCGCUGCACGACGGCCAACCCCAACCAGAGGCUGCCCAAGGUGGAGAUCCUGCGCAACGCCAUCAGCUACAUCGAGUCCCUGCAGGCGCUCCUGCGAGGCGGGCAGGACGAAGGCUUCUACCCGGUGCUGGAGCACUACAACGGGGACUCGGACGCGUCCAGUCCCCGGUCCAACUGCUCCGACGGCAUGACGGACUUCAACGGGCCCAGCUGCCAGUCCACCAGAAGAGGAAGUUAUGACAGCAGCUCUUAUUUCUCUGAGACGCCAAACGGUGGUCUAAAGAGUGACCGCAGCUCCGUGGUGUCCAGUCUGGACUGUCUGUCCAGCAUCGUGGAGCGGAUCUCCACCGACAACAGCAGCCUGCUGCCUCCUGCUGAAGGCCCCGGCUCUCCACCCACAGUCCCAGUCAGUGAGGCGGGGUCUGCACCCGCUCAAGUCCCGUCCCCCACCGCCAGCCAGGACCCCAGCCUGAUCUACCAAGUCCUAUAGACCCUCACACACACAUAUGCACCGGGGACAUUGACAUCCUGUCACAGCGUCCAGUUAUAAAACACUUGCCCACACACACACACACACACACACACACACACACACUAUGAAAGUGCUCAUUUUCACCAGUUACAGAGUCUUCACAUCCCAGUUGCAUCAGCUGCAAAGUUUUCAUUUAGCAACAAAUCUUCUGAACAACCUUGUAUUUAUUCCCUUUAGCUGAUCAUAUGGAAGUUCAUUCCUGCCGAGAAACAAAUAGAAUUGAGAGUUUUGAGUUUAAAAUGACAUCAGAAAGUCUUCGCCAGUGGAGAACAUUUUAUAGAUUUAAAGAGCAAACUGCAUGCACUGAUGAAGACUGAGACGUGUGGAAACUCAGGAGAUGGACUUCACAAAACUAUCGUUAACUCAGUCUUAAUUGAAUAACUAUUAACAAAAUGGAAAUGAUAAAAGCUGGAAUUUAAAUAUUGUGUGAAAAAAUGUAAACUAAAAGCAACAAGGUGAUUGUCUAAAGUGAACAUUUGGAGUUUUUGCUCUGAACAUUUUCCAACAGACGCAGGUAAAUUACUAAAAGGGGGGAAUCUGAAACACAAAGAUAAAAAUCAUAGUGAGGAAACAAUUAUACAUUUUUAAACCUCAUUCCAGGAUGGCCAGCUUUGAUUUGUUUUCUCACCAGGAAUUAGUCUCCAUACGUCGACCCCAGAUUCCCGUCCUGUUGGUAAAACAAGAGGCUCAAAACCACUUUAAUGUUUUAUUUAUAGACGGAGAUGAAAUGAAACCGGUUCACUUCUUGCUGUAAUGUUAUUUUAUUUUAAGUUAUGAAAAAAUAUUUUAAGACUGAGCUUAGUCGUUCAGAUGGACUUUUUUUUUUUUUCUUUUCUGUGUAAGUCUAUUUAAUGAAGGACGGAGGCCAAAAAAAAAAAAAAAACACCCAUUAACAUUCCUCCACUUGUGUCCAUCUGAAAGGCCUCAGCUGUUCGUUUCCCUCUGGAGAUAGAAGAACGAUAUAAUCCUGUGAUAUUGUACAAAAAAAACCCUGCAUAAAACCAGACAUUUCUGCAGUUAAAAUGAAUGACAAACUUGAACUUCACACACACGAUAAACUGCAUCUUUAUGAGGAUUGUGGUGAUUUUUUCCCAUCAGUUUUGAACUCGGUUCAGACCUCCCUCUUGUCCAAGCGACAGAUUUCUUUCAUUUUCACUCACUGCAGCGGAGGACCAUUUUUUUCUUUGUGUACAUAUUAUGUAGAUAAGAGCUGAUUUGUUCCAACUGAAAGUAUUAAUUAUGUAUUUAAUGUUUCUGUCUGUUUGUGCUUGUUUGUUGUGAAAAAAAUGUUUAACUUUAUAUUUAUACAUCUGACAACUGAGUGAGUCUAAUGACAAAUAAAUGAACCUGCUUAUUUAUACAAAGAA